CAAGGAUGCUAAGCACUAAAACUCCUAAGAAUUAAUCAAAACCCAAAACCCUUUUGUGUUUUCUUUUUAUACUAAAAAUCUCCUAUAGAGAACGACCGCCAAAAACCUGGUCUUUUUGGUUUUGAUCAGAUCACUUGAGCAAGAAAAAACUAGAUUUAGGAACCAAAAUUUUGCAGAGUCAGAGUGACUGUAGAGGGAAUUAAGUUACAGAGAGUAUAGUAUGGGGAAGGAUAAAGGUGUAGUCCUUGAACAAAAGUGAAGCGAAUCUUUUUGUGGGUGUUAUGGAAUAUCACAUAAGGAGGAAGCAUUGCUCUCAUCGACGUGAUUUAUCGGCUGAUCGUUGCCCAGAAAAGUUGUUGGAUUCAGAUCAGUCAAUAAGGCAAUGAAACGUGUUGGGUUUCUUCACUUGUUCUUGCUUCCCUUCCUUGUUUCCAUCGAAUGCUUGAGAGUGCAUGCUUUCACUGGAACAUAUGGAAUAAAUUAUGGAAGGAUUGCGGAUAACAUCCCUUCACCUGAUGAAGUCGUUACACUUCUUCGAGCAGCAAAGAUAAAGAAUGUCCGGAUAUUUGACUUUGAUCACAGUGUUCUCAAUGCAUUUAGUGGGACUGGACUCGAACUUGUGGUUGGACUUCCAAAUGGAUAUGUGAAAGACAUGAGUGCCAAUGAGAGUAAUGCCAUGGAUUGGGUUAAAGAGAAUGUGCAGGCAUUCCUUCCUGAUACACAUAUUCGUGGGAUUGCUAUUGGAAAUGAAGUUCUGGGGAAUGAAAACGAACUGUGGGGACAACUUCUGGGUGCUGUAAAAAAUAUCUACAAUGCCUUAAAGAAGCUUGGCCUGACUAAAGUAGUUCAGGUUACGACGGCUCAUUCACAGGCUGUUUUUACUAAUUCCUUCCCUCCCUCUGCUUGUGUAUUCAAAGAAGGUGUUGAUCAAUAUAUGAAGCCUCUCUUGGAGUUCUUCUCCGAAAUCGGAUCCCCUUUCUGUUUAAAUGCAUAUCCAUUCCUUGCGUACAUGUAUAAUGUGAACGACAUUGAUAUUAAUUACGCUCUUUUCCAGCCAACUCAGGGGGUCCGUGAUUCAAAUUCUGGUCUCCAUUAUGAUAACCUGCUUGAUGCUCAGAUAGAUGCAGCCUAUGCUGCUCUGGAGGAUGCUGGAUUUAAAAAGAUGGAAGUCAUUGUUACAGAGACGGGUUGGGCUUCACAUGGCGACAGUAAUGAAGCUGCAGCUACGGUGAAUAAUGCAAGAACUUAUAACUAUAACCUGCGUAAAAGGCUAGCAAAGAAGAAAGGAACCCCUAUGAGGCCAAAAAAUGUGGUGAAAGCAUAUAUAUUUGCAACAUUUAAUGAGAAUUUGAAGACUGGUGCAACUUCUGAGAAGAACUUUGGGUUAUUUAAGGCUGAUGGGAGCAUUUCAUAUGAUAUUGGUUUUCGGGGACUUAAAUCUUCGUCCGCAGGUUCAUUGCAUUUUUCUUUGAAGGCUUUUCGAGCACGGGAUUGGUGUCCUUCAUCUCUGCUCAUGUUGGCAAUCUCUGCAGUGGCACAACUUCUGCUCUUAUGAUUUUGGGCGUCUGUGAGUAAGCUUCAGGCACUAAACCAGCUAUCAGAAGUUGACAUGGCCGACACAUUGACAUGGUACCCUCUCGGCAUCACUAUUCAGAGCAUAUACACCAUUGAUUAUUGAACUUCAAAUAAACAUUCCUGAAGUUGCUGUUGAUUUUUAUAUAUCUCAGCAAAUGCAUACAACUUUCAAUGGGAAAAAACCCUUUCUUCAUAGUAAAAUUAGUAUUUCCAAUUUUCAAGUACAUCUUGAUUUAAGCCGUUUUAAGGCAAAUUUGUGUAUAUUAUAUGGCAUCAUCGAAGGUAUCUUAUUUCUUCAUAUUUCUGCUUC